AUGGCGAUCCCUAAUCUCCGACCCCCAAUCCCACAAGAAGCUGCCGCCGGCGAUGGCCGGCCUCUUCUCAGCCCCAAAUUUCUCUCCCUCGCUUCUCGAUCCUUCGUCGAUCCGUCCACGAUCGACUACGGACUCUCUUUCUUGCCCGAACCCGGCCGAAUUCUCUGCGUCUGCAACGGAUUGCUCCUCCUCUCAAACCCUAAUUCCCUCUUCGUCUGCAACCCCGCGACGAGAAAGCGGGCGAAAAUCCCAAAGCCGCCCAGGGUUUCCAGAGAGCUGGCCCUUGCUUUCAAUCCCAAUUCCGAUACCCGCUCCUUCAAGAUCGUAUCUUUCCCGUUGCCGGGGGAUGAUCCCGUGCGCCGCUGGACCUCCGGCGAGAUCGACGUCUUCUCGUCGGAUAACGGCAGCUGGAGCACUGUCGGUGGAAUCGCCGGCCUCAGUGAGAUCAUGGCCGUCCUUUACAAAUUCCAUCAUGGCAGAUGCUCAUUGUGCAACAAAUUUUCAGCACCAGGUUCAUCAUGGGCUCAUUGUGCAACAAAGUUUCAGAUCCAUUUGCAAAUUGAACAAAUUUUGUCGAUGGUGGUAAAAAGCUCAGACACAAUUCGCGAUAUUAAAUCAAAGGUUUUUGCACGGGAGGGACUGUCAGCGAGUGACCAAGAGUUAUUUUUUGAAGGCAACCACCUAAGUGACACAUCGAAGACAUUAGCUGACUACAACAUCUGCCAAAAUUCCAUGAUCAACCUUUUGUUUGGAGGCACUAUUCAAAUAUUUGUAAAGAUCCUUUCAACUGGGAAAACUUUGAAGCUCGUGGUGAACGACAAAGAUACCAUCCAAAAUGUGAAGGCUAGGAUUGAAGCUAUGGAGGGAAUUUGUCAGAAUCGUCAAGGACUCAUCUACAUGGGAAAAUCUCUUGAAGAUGACCAUUCAUUACUUGCUUGCAAUAUACAAAAUGGUUCAACCCUCCAGAUGAUUCUAUGUCCAGUGGAUAAGUUUGAUAUCUUACUCUGCACAAUGAAUGGGAAUCUUAUAAAACUUGAAGCAAGAUCUUGGUAUACUAUCCGAGAUAUCAAGCUGAUAGUUGAGGGUAUGAAGGAUAUUGAUGCAACCAAACAAAGGCUUUUUUGUGAUGUCACAGAGCUGGAGGACAGCCUCACGCUUUCCGAAUGCAGAAUAUUCGAUCGGACAAUUCUUCACUUGCAAGUUGACAUGUAGAUAUUGAUUGAGAUUUGGAAUCGGAGGACUAUCACAUUAACGAUUGAUAGUUAGGAUUUCAUUGGUUCGGCCAUUCGGAAGAUUGAAUAAGAAAUGCCUGUGAGUUUCUGCAUCAAUUAAUCAACCCCAUCUUUGGAAGUAUGAGAUCAACUACUUUAAGACUUCUGGUGACGUUUGUUCUGGUCUUUUGUAGGUAAUAACGUAUUGGGAUGUUUUCAAGUUGUUAAAACAAUAAUCUAUUGUCUUUCCUUUUAUGUGCAAAAAACUUGAGCAUGAGGGAGUUUAUGGAAAUCUAUGCUAAUGGUUUUGAUUGUUAAAAUUUCCUUAUAUCUUCA